AGUAUAUUAAAGAACCUUGAUAUGAUACUACCCAGGAGGUACUUACUACCUUGCAGAUAAUAACUAAAAGAAAACUGAACCGAGAAAUAUGGCUGAUCUAUCUACGAUUGAUAUUCUUGAUGAAAGAAUAGCGAAACUGGAAAGAAAUGUGUAUGGGAAUUCUUCACCAGAUCCAGAGUGCAAAUGUGUUGAAAGUUUGAUAAAUGUGCAAAACAGACUUCAGUCAGCUGUUACUGGACGGGAUAAAAUCACGAUGCUGUUUUCAAAAUUGGAUGAUUUAGAAAAAUUCUUAAAUCCAGCUUUCAGAGAAAAUGUUACAUUAACAGAAACUGCAAAACUGAAUUUAGUUUUACUUGAAGAAGAUAGGAUACGGAAUGCUGUGGAUUCUCUACAAACUGUAAAGGACCUAAUUCAGUACUUAGACAGUGAACAUAUUAAAGGUACUCCCUCUCUUGUUCCUAAGCUGUAUGAAGUAACUGAAAAUCAAAUAAAACUACAGGAAGAGGUUUCAAAAUUAGCGGAAGAAACUAAAACUCUGCUUGCAAAUUACAAUAACCUUAUUACUUCAUUAUCUAAACAAUUUAUUCUUUGGGACUCAAUGUUGACAGAAAUUGAAAAGGAAAAUUUGAAAGCAAAAACUGUUGCAAAAUAAUUUGUUUAUGAUAUACCUAUAAAUGUGAUUUAUUAUAAAAUAAUAUAUUAUGUAAUCUUUGUAUGUGUAUGUUCUCAUGUGUACAUAUAUAUGCUUUAAUUUUAAGUUUUUACAAUUACACCAGUUCACAAAAUUUAUUAAUUUGUUAUUUUCAUUUUAUUUAAUAUAUUUAGUUUAUAUGUAUAAACUGAGAUUUUAAUAUUUAUUGUGGUUUUAGUAAUACGUGUGGGUUUUAGUAAUCCUGAAGAUUAAAUUAUGGAACACUAUCACUUUUAAUCAAGAGGAAAUGAUGUAAUGAUUUUCACAUAAUUAAAAAAGUUAUAAUAAAUAUAAUUACAUCUGAUUCAUAGGUAAUUUAUUUCUUGAUUGUUAUAGCAUUGUAUGUUGCAGCAAAUUUAUAUUUUAUGUAAAAGUGAUCAAUUUUAUGUUUAUUGCAGAUAGUUUUCUUUUGAUUAUUUACAUAUUUUAUUCAAUAUUUUAAUAUCAUAUAAAUACAGGAUGAAGCAUUUGCAUGUUCCUAUUCAUUCAUUUUGUAUGUAUAAUGUGAAAUAAUUUUAUAUAACAGAUUAUUAAAAAUGUAAAUUUUACAAGUUGUCAUUUUUACUAUAAUCAUCAAGCAAUAUGAUAUUAAGUGCUUUCGACUGAAGACAGCAGCAAAUGUUGAGAACAGUUCUCUGCUUUGUUAAAUGUAGAUCUUGGAAUGGCCUCUAUACAUUCUUCUUCCUUGCAGGAGCAUCCUCUGAUGAUAUUCAACAGUUCUUCAAUGAUUUCUUGAUCGAAUAUUUAUUCUGUACAUGGUUACAUAUCUUCUGUGUUUAUCAAGAUUUCAUUAACACUGGGAUCAGAAAUCAUUCUUCCCCAUUUCAUGUACUGCAGUACUUGUAUUUUUAACAAGCUCUGCAUGUCAGAAUGAAUUGGUUAUCAUAUCUUGGGAGAUGCUUUGCUACGUAUUAACUGAUGUAUGCAUUGCAUCAACUAUAUUUUUUCUGAAUUUUAUCUGAAAUUUAAAAUUUCAUGCACAAAAUAACCUUUUCGAAAGCAAUUCCCUAUAAUAUCAUUUAAAAUAGUUAUACUGUAGAAAGAAAUUCAAUCUAUACUGCCAGAAGCUUAAAAACUUUCAUAUGAGCAGCACCAUUAUCUAUUACAAGAAUAAAUUCCCCCUUUUUCCCCCCUAAAAAAUUGGUUUUUCUAAACACUUUUUAUAAAGCUCAAUUGCCAUCUUUGCUUUGUUGUUCAACUAACACAUUGAAAAAAGUAUUUUUACAAGCUUAAAAUUUUAAUGCUGUAAUAAUUUUAAUUUUAAUAAUAAAUUUUAUAUUUUAAUGCUUUUA